CUCCUCCCUGUUUCUCCGCCUACCUAUCUACUGGUUAUGAGGGAAUUUAAGAGGGCAGCUAGAGGUGAGGCUGCAGGUACAUGGUGAAUGUCAGAACAGUGAGUGUGUAACAACAGAUCAGAUCGUAACCAUGCAGACUCUUUUGGUGGUCUGUGUAUGCUUAGGUAUUUUAUCUGGAACAGAAGCACUAAAUGAACUGGGAAAAUCCACAGAGAGAAAUGAAGUAACAGACUCUGACUCACUCGUCACAUUGUCACCUGAAACUGAUGUUUCGUCCUCACAAGAUCCACUGGUGGAUUCUCAUCCAGAAUCAGGGGGAGAGGGAACAAACCAGGCACAAAGAACGAGGCACUUGAAGGACACUGCCACAGAUACUACACAGUCAAUUAUGGGGCGAACCGAAGCUGUGUGGGUGGAGCUAAAUGCUGUGUUAGAGAGAUGGGGUGUAAUACCAGGCAAACUAAACACAAUCUUGAUGGAACUGAAAGAGGAGAAAAAACGCCUCAUGGACCAAAGUGAAGAGCAGAAAGGGAAGAAAAAGGAGGAGGAAGAGGAUGAAGAAGAAGAAGAUGAUGAGGACGAGGAGGAGGAGGAGGAGGAGGAAGAAGAGGAGGAGGAAGAAGAGGAAGAGGAAGAAGAGAAAGAGGAAGAGGAAAAGGAGGAAGAGAGUGAAGCAGCUAACAGCACCCUGACCAGAGAUGGUUUCACAGACUCAUUACCAGACAGCUGUCAACUAGGUGGAGCUCGAAUAUCCUGCAAGCAGAUUGGAUUGUCCCACCUGCCUGUCAUUACGAAUCUUGGAGUCACCAUACUUGAACUGCCUGGGAAUAACAUAACAAGAAUACCUCCCCGUGGUUUCUCCGGACUGCCAAAUCUUGAAGAGGUUGACCUAAGUAUGAAUAUGCUGGAAGACUCCUCUCUCAAUACAAGCCUCUUUAUGAAUCUGACAAAGCUGAGAAGACUAAACCUUGACGGCAAUCAACUUUCAACAAUUCCACGCUUGCCAUCUUCUUUGGAGGAGCUAAAUAUAAACAACAACAAAAUAAACCAACUUGCCUCACACAACUUCAAAGGUCUGAUCAACCUACAAGUCUUAGAGCUGACAGGAAACCUCCUCUAUGAGGGUAGUGUUGCACCCUGGACUUUCAAACCUCUGAAGACUCUCAAGUACUUACGGUUGGAUAAAAACCGAUUCAGUUCCAUCCCAGCUGGAUUGCCCCCAUCUUUAGAGGACUUGAGGAUGAAGGAAAAUCAAAUAGUGGAGAUCCAGGACAGGCUUCUGGAUAAGUGUGUCCAUCUGAAGGUGCUAGAUCUCAGUCACAACCUUCUGAAAGAGAACAGUAUCUAUCCUGAGGCCUGGGUCAACUUGCUGAAGUUAGAAGCUCUUGACCUGUCCCAUAACCAGAUGUCUGUGGUGCCAUCACACCUGCCAAGGGCCUUGCGCCAACUCUCCCUGCAGCACAACCACAUUCAUGCCAUUCCUCCUUACACCCUGAGUCACCUUCGCCCAGGUUUAGAGUCUCUACGCCUCUCCCACAAUCUGUUAGAGGAGUAUGGGGUGCUAGGAAAGUCAUUUCGUGGUGUUUAUCAAACACUGGUGGAGCUACUCUUGGACAACAACAGAUUUGAUAAAGUGCCCCAGAACAUGCGCCACUUCAAGAACCUCCAGCAAUUGCGUCUAGAUCACAAUCAAAUAAGGUCUGUCCCAGUGAAGUCUGUAUGUAAGAUUAAAAGGACUGAGCAAUCUCACCUGACGGCUCUCCAUUUAGAGUACAACUUCAUAGAUGUGAAGAACAUCCCCCGUACUGCUUUCUCCUGCAUCCGGGACCCCAGCAAAAUCAUACUGGAGCCACAGACCCAAGCAGAGGGACAGCAGACUCUGGCAUAAUCAGCUGUCACCCUGUCAAUUCACAGCCUCCCCUCUACUCCGCCUUUCAUCCACUCUCACAUUCAUUUACUCUUACUAUGAAUACUGUAAACACUAUAUCCCUUAGAUCUAUUAUUAGCAUGCAGUCUUGCUCUUGAACUGCACAUUUACAUCAUGUUCUGUACACUCUAGCAUAAAAAACAUUAUUUUUGCACUCUUUAUGUAACAGGCUUCUAUAUGGUAACUCUAAGUCUUUAAGCAGCACACACAGGGUUGAUCAUUUAGGAUGCAGUUUUCUAAAUGACUGAUCAUAAAGGUUUAUACUGACUGAUUUGUAACUGGUCAUGAACUUUUCUUAUUGUUAAUCCUCAGUGUGACUGUUUUUGUCAUUAGAGAUGUAGUAUCUGGCUUCAUUGAAAUGUUUCUUUCUUUCUUUCUUUCUUUUCUUUCUGUGUGUGUGUGUGUGUGUGUGUGUGUGUGUGUGUGUGUGUGUGUGUGUGUGUGCAAAUUGCACAGCUUGGCUCAGAAAUAAACUGUAGCAUUGUAAGAAAUAAAAUAUUAAUAUUACUGUAUCCUUUGGUGCAUCUGCACAUGCUACAUUUUGUAGAUGAUUUUAUUUAUGUCUUCAUACUCUGUUCUCUCACA